UCCUCCUCGACACUCGCGAUCGCCAUGGGGAAAAGCGACGGAUACGACAAGAACGCGCCGUGCCCGCUCGGCACGGGCACGCGACUGAUCACCGUCGGCGGCGAGCUCGUCGCGGUCGCGCACCGAAUCAAACCCACCGGGUACAAAGCCCCGAACGCGUACGGCAACCGCGUCGCGUUCGACGGCACGACCACCUCCGGGUCGGAGCAAGCCAAGGUGCGCGUCGUCGGAAGCGGCGAAGGCCCGAAGAAGAAGCUCAUGCCGUACCACCCGCUCGCGUCUCGGAACCGCCCGAAGAGCCAGACGGACAACGCGACGAGCGGGCGGUUCACGAUGCCCAAGGGGAGCGUCGAGGCGUAUCGCAACGCGAGCCAAGUGAAUCUCACGGACGGCCACCCGGACAGCGGCAGGGCGGGGAGCUGGAGGACGACGAAUCAGGAGUACAGCGACAAGUCCGCGACGACGGGGGUGGUCGGGCUCGCGAACCAGGGGAUCUUCGCGGAGGCGGCGAUCUUGACGCACAAGAAGCAGCGGAAGUGAAAAAUGCCGGACGGACGAGCGCGGACGGCGUGCGUGGUGUCUCGGCGAGGCGGCGAAGAAACGAAAACGAAAACGCCGUCGGAGGAGAGAGAGAGGGAAGGAGAGGGACCCACCCCUUCGAGCGCGGACGCGCCUACCUUGUAGUUAUUAUAUACCGUAGAAGAUAUGACAGUAUGGUCGGUCGAAUUGCGUC